AAAAAAGAAAAACGGGUUCAAACUACAAAUACCAGCAGCUCCCAGCGCUGUUGAGAAAGGACCCAGGACACACCUCUCAAUCUGAUUCUGCGAAUAUUUUUUUCUUCUAUGCGAGCUGAUGGGAAGCAAGGCGUGUUGGAACGUUAUCUCUGGAUUCACUUUUUUUUUUUUUUGGCUGCUAUUUUUUUAAUUUGGUGGAUGGCCCCUCCUGCCUCAUAGCAGCGUGACAGUGAAAGAAGGACCCAAACCUUUAAUCUUGUUUUGCACUGGAUUUAGCAGGAGACAAUUGCAGAAGCCUGGGAAUUACCAUGGAAAAGAUCCUGAAAACAGAAUUGAAAACUUCACUUCUGAAGGCCUUUGGGAGCUCGGGAGGAGGAUAUAUUAGCCAAGGCCAAGCUUAUGAAACAGACAGUGGACGAGUGUUUGUUAAAAUCAACCACAAGCCUCAGGCAAGAAAAAUGUUUGAGGGGGAAAUGGCAAGUUUAGAAGCAAUCCAGAAAACCAAUAUUGUGAGAGUGCCUCAGCCUAUUAAAGUAAUUGACCUUCCUGGGGGAGGAGCAAUGUUUGUCAUGGAGUACCUUAAGAUGAAGCACCUCAACAAAUAUUCUUCAAAGCUUGGAGAGCAGAUAGCAGAUCUUCAUCUUUAUAACCAGAAACUCGGAGAGAAAUUGAGAAAGGAAGGAAAUACAAUUGGUAAAGGAGCCAGUUACUCUGAAUUUCAGUAUGUGGAUAAGUUUGGAUUCCAUAAGGCCACUUGCUGUGGCUAUAUUGCACAGGUGAAUGAAUGGCAGAGUGAUUGGCCUUCUUUCUUUAUUCGUCACAGACUCCAAGCUCAACUGGAUUUGAUUGAAAAGGAUUAUGGAGAUAGAGAAGCAAGAGAGCUUUGGUCACAGCUGAAGGUAAAGAUUCCUGAAAUGUUUUCUGAUGUAGAAAUUGUUCCUGCUCUACUGCAUGGGGACCUGUGGGCAGGAAAUGUGGCUGAGGAUGACUCUGGGCCGAUCAUCUUUGACCCUGCUUCCUUCUAUGGCCAUUCAGAGUUUGAACUGGCCAUUGCUGGAAUGUUUGGUGGGUUUAGCAGCUCAUUUUUCUCUGCCUAUCACAGCAAAAUACCCAAAGCUCCAGGAUUUGAGAAACGAAAUAAAUUGUAUCAGCUCUUUAAUUACAUAAACCACUGGAACCAUUUUGGGACAGGGUACAGAGGACCUACGAUAAAUGUAAUGAGAAAACUUUUAAAGUAACCAGACAGGGACUAAUUUCUCAAACCAAAGUAAUUAGCAGCCUCUGCCUAUCAGAUGUAACACAAGCUAGAAAUCAAUGUUGAUGAUAAAACACACGACAAGGCUUAGUAUACUUUUGAGCCUCACUAAAUGUUAAAAGUGUUUGCCUAAUUUUUAACAUAUAGUAGCUGACUAGACAGAUUCAUAUGAAGAAAAAAACUGCAUUGUUUCUGAAGACUCUGCUGAGUUGGGAAGUAGCACUGCAGUCAGUUUCACCUUAUACUGUAUGGAGAGUCUUACUUCCGACCUGCUGCAUUUCCACAGUUGUUUGCAACUUGCCACUUCUGUUGGUCUCUCAUUACUGAGAGUUACUGCUGAGGGACUGCGGUGUUGGAAUUAAUCGUUGGUUUCUUAACUCACCCCAUUUGUUUUCUUUUGCUUCAGUUUUCUCUUCUGUCUUUGUUUUGGUCCUUUUACCCAUUUAUGUUUGUCUUUGUUUCUUUUCAAUGUAAGGUUAUGAUCCAAAUUUAAGUCAGAUUUUAUGAAUGGGAAAAUAAAAACAUUCUCUUUUUGAUUUAAAGGUAGGCAGGGUCCUUUAGACUGCAACUGAUGCUAGCAUUCCUUAUAUUUAUUUUAAUGUAAUUAAAUGUUUUUUUGUGUUUCUCUGAGAAAUUCAGUUGAGUAGUUUUUUCUUAACAGUGAUGCUGCUGUAGUUCCUUGGUAAUUAAUUAUAUGGUCAGAAAAUGGAUUGUUACCACCAGUUUGAUAAUAACGCAGUUUUAAUAGGUUUUAUUAUGUGUAAUACUCUGAUAGUAACAUUUAAAUAACUGUGAAAACAUAGCAAACAGUAGGAGGGAUACUUGUUUGCAUAACAAGUAUCAAUUUUGCUGUGUUGGUUGGUGCCUGAUGUAUUUCGUUUUUAGAUGAUAAUGCACAGUAGGCAAAGCUAGUCUGCUCUGCCAGUGCUGCUUUAUUGAAGGAAUUUUUUAGUAUUCCUAAUGUUCUAUUUUUAUAGAAAAUAGGCAGAGAAGAUGUGGGGAGAAAACUGUGCAACAAAGAUGCUGGCGUACAGUGUGAGCAAGGGUAUGUUAGCGACUUAUUUUUUUAAAUGAAAGUAGUAAAAAAAAAAAGUAAAUAUGGUCCAACGAAUGCUUAAGUGUAUUAGGAAAUGAGAAUGAUAGAACUUAGAUUUUCAGGGUUCAGAUUGUUGUGGUGAUUCAUACCCUAAAUAUUAUAUUCAGAAAUAUUAAAUGACUUCAUUUAAGUUUUAAGCGGAUGUGCUAUAAAGAAUUCUUAAUUUUUUUUUGUAACUUACACUAUUUAAAAAUGACUUAAUUAUCUAAAUAUUUUGUAGGUUUUUUUGUUUUCUUUGAUUUUGAGCUACAGUUAUUGGUGUUAUAACGCUCGAUACAAUUAUAACAGUGAAAAAGUGGAAAAACAGAGUGAGAAUACAGUUGAAGUUCUGUCUGAACAGUGAAGUGCUGAGUCCUAGCAUUAAUUCAUAUUUGCAAUUCAGGUAAUGCACUGAAAAUACACGUGAGCUUAAGAUUUAUUGUUGUUCAAUAAAACACUUGUGUUGCAGAAAUCA